AUGUUGGCUGUACUGUCACUGCCAGUUACUCCAAUGUUUAUUAAUGGUGUUUGACAGUAAACACCAAUAAGUAAACUUUUGCUUAUAUAAAGUUUUGGGUGGAAGCUCACAGACUUUGUAGGAGUGUCUGCAUCUCUGCACCUGCUGUAUUUUUCAACGUUGGAAUGAAUGCUGUUAUCUUGGAAACAUUUCUUAUUAUCUGAUAUAGUUGAAGGCUAGUUGCUGAACUGUUACAGAAAUUUUCAUUCAACUUCCUACAAGAAAAAUAAUCUAAAUGUUAAGAUAGUUUAACAGAUCAUUGUGUAAAUCAUUUGUUGUAGUGAUACAGAUAGGUGGUAGCUAUCUCUAAUUCCUUACCAUCCCUGAAUUCAGAAGGAUAGAGAGAAAAAUCACAAGACAACAUAUGUGUUUUGUUUUUUGAAACAAAAAGAGAGGGUAGAAUGAAGAAGAGAAAAUCUUCCAAUAAUAAAUCAAAGCCAAAGAAAAAGUGUAGUACCUUUAAGAGGGCAACAUCUAGGAAGGCUAGUGCUGUGAAAAGAAAAACGAAAAAUUCAUCUGCAACAAAGCCUCGUUCACAACAGAAGAUCAGUAGGAUAACAGUAGCUGGAGAUGGAUGCAAAAACAGAAAAAGGAAACAUAAUAAUGAGAAAGAGAGAGAAAAGAGCAAGCGGAGCAGGUUACCCAGUCACAAUGCUUCACACCACAACAGUCGCUGUAAUUUGUGUUCACAGCCAGAGCCGAAGGCUACCAGAGGCAAGAGUUCAACAAAGAAGAAUGGUUCAAAUCAUUAUCAUGGUGUCAUUGAGCUACCCUGUAAAAAAAGUGUGUUUGAGAAGGCAUGUAAUCUGAGACGAACGAUUGAAUCAGGAGACCUUCUGCCUGCUAGCUUGCAGCCACUUCUUAAUGACAGUGUAGCAAACAAAUAUGAUAUAAAUGAGUUGAUUGCUACUGUAAAGGAAAGCAAAUCUAAGUGGCAAGAAACUGAAAAGCAUAUGCUUGAGCUGGAUUGUUCUAUUAGAGCUGAGCUUUGCAUCAAUAAGGCAAAUCCAGAGAAAUGUUUGCCACUUCUUGAUGAAUUAAAUUGUCUUGAGAUCGAUGCUCUAAUGUUGAAACAGAAUCCAAGAUUAGUCCACACUGUGCAAAAGCUCUGUCAGUUUGUUGGGAACAGAGGAUUAGGCAACUUCACAGAAGAAGAGAAGACAAAAUAUCUAGAUAGUGCUGCUCAGAUUAGGAACAAGUCUAAAGCUUUGUUUCAAAAGUGUCAGAAGUUGUUUGGUAUUGAAGGAGGUCAGUCAUUUAAGAAAGUUUUUAAAGAGAAAGUUCAAGAAUACCAGGAAACAAAGAACAGCAAAUUUUUACGGGAAUUAUGUCAAAGAGUUAAUAAAGGUUUUAAAAAAAAACAGAGUUCGAGGCCCUUGAGAAAGAGGGUAUCAGGUAACACAAAAUAAGAUAUUAAGGAAAUUGCAUUAAUGAAUAGCCUCCAAGCAUAAUAACCCACAAAGCUUUAACAACUCUUUUUACAGGGCAUUUUAACAAUAAUGAUUUCUGGUUUACAGUUGUUAGUUUCUAAUAUAUUGUUUUCUAAGUUACUGGUAGUCAUUUAGAUGAAAAGUGGAAAAACUUCUGCUGAUACCAAUAUUCAUUCCAGUACAAAACUACAAUAACGGUUUACUUUAUCUGUUGUGUAAAUAAGCUUUUUAAGUGUCUGACAAUUUAAUUAUUUGAUCAGCUUACAACAUGAUGAUUUAUUUUAUUGAUGAAAGGUUUGAGAAAAGGGAGAAGCCGAGAAAAACCUUGAAAUAAUACCAUGAAUUUAUUAUUAUUUUAUAAAAUGGUAACUGAUGGCAUCAUACCUUAACAGAGUAAAUAUGACAUUGAAAAAAGAAUGAUGAAAAGUGUUAGUAUUUGUGUAGGCAUAGUAUCUGUGUUAUGAAUAACUGAUUAAGUCUGUAUCUCGAGGGAAUUGCUGUAUUUAUGACUGAGGAAUGAAUGUUUUUUAUUCAUUCUUGUGCAAUCUGUGAUAUCAAAUAAUGUGUUACAAUACGUGUGAAACAGCAUUAUUAGAAUGGUAAAUAAUAUAGUAAAUACUUACUGUGACACAUUUGAUCCUUCGACUGCUGUCUUUCUUCCAAAUUGUGCUUCUCAUAAAACUAUGAACCACAUUAGGACAUUAAUAAAUUUGGCUUGUACAGAGACAAUGGAAUUAUUUUCUCUUCUAGUUUCUUUACGGCUUUUUUUUGGAUUAAAAAGGAAAAUGUAGGAAUGGGAGCUGAUCAAAUGUACAGAAAGGAAUGGUUUUCAGCUUGUGAACAAAGUUAGCAGAACUUGGAAACAAACAAUCUUCUAACAAUCCGAGGUCCCUUAACAAAAUCAGCACAAAAACAAUAUAAUGUAAUGGAUGAAAGUGCUCUUAGUUCUGUGGAGUAAUGCUAAGCUUGGAGUGUAACUCUGAAUCUCACUAGACAUUUCCUUUUACAAACCAUUUAUAUUUGACAUAAUGAGUAAUUUGUUCCAUUAUUCCCAUUAUUUACCCAUCUACUACUAACUUGAUAAUUAAUUACAUACUAAAUCUUGAACAAGCUACUUUGGGAAAUAAUUUAUAUCAAAAAUUCAGAUUACCUUUAGCUGUACCCUAGCAUGAUGCCCCUUAAAUAAGUAUAAAACUUUUCUUAGACAUUUCUUUUAUAUGAAUUCCAUGGAGGUACUGUUUUGUCCUCCUGAAACAGUCAAACCAUUUUAACUCAUACCAUGCUAUGUCUCAUAAGUUUUGCCAUUAUAAUUUUGUGUCACAGGUCAAUUCCCAUGUACCUUCUCAAAGGCCUGUGCAACUCUUUUAGAUUUCUUCCACAUCCUUCUGAUAAAUGAAAUAAUAUGCAGUUCUUACUCUUCAAACUACUCUUUGGUUCUGAAAAUUCAGUUUUGCUAAAAACAUACACUGCAUAAUAAUACAGUGAAAUUAUUUCAAAGUUAUGCUAAGUGAACAACACAAAAAUAUUCAGUGGCAGCAUACUAGCUAUUAUGUUUCCCCAUUGUAAACUGCUUUUUUCAUAACAAACAAGGUAGUAGUGUGGUAGGCAUACUGGAAUCACAUUUGGGAGAUCAGUAACUCAGAUCCCCAUCUAGUCACAUGGGUUUCAGUUUUCCAUGGUUUCAUUUAAUUAUGUAAGAAAAAUUUAGGAUGGCUCCAUUGAUAAAGACACAGCCCAUUUUCAUUUCUCAUCUUUCACCUAGUGUAAUCUUGUGCUCAAUCCCUAUGUCCUCACUGUUUAUGAGUCAUUAAAUUCUAAUCUAUCUUCCUAUAAACAGAUCUGUAUUUCUUGAUAAUAAAUAUCACUAAAGCACCUUCCACUAAUAACUUUGAAGUGGUUUUUGUAGGGGGAGGGGGGUUACGAUUGAACAGCCUCAUUUGUUGCAUCUUUCUUAUAUUGCUUUAUCCUCCUGUUCCUUCUUAUCAGCAUCUGUCAUGGUAAGACUAAAAUUUUACAUCUUUUUCUGCAACAAGACCACUUUGUACCUUUAUUUUCAGUUUUCUUUUUUUAGACAUACGUGGUCAUGUUUAUAACAAUGAUUUGAACACAGAACUCUGUGGUCUGACAUGGUUUUUUUAAAUAGAGACUUUCAGAGACUCAGAGUCUGCUUUAAAAAAAAAUCACAUUUGGUUUAGUAAGGAGUUUACACAGCCUGAAAAACAGAAGUUUAUACUGGCUAAUACAUCUGACACACACACACACAAAGGAUGUAAUAAUUUUUACAAUAUUUUACAGUAAGUAUAACAGCUAACUGAUUCCUUUUCUUGUAGUAAAAUGUUCUAAGUCACUGUGGAGGGACACAAGUCAGUCUCCCUGUCAAGAAAGAUCAAUUUCACACAAUAAUCAAUUGGUAUCUGAAAGAUCUUCAUGUUGCAAAUCUUACAAUAUAUUCUUGCUGUAGAUGCAAUGAUUUCUUUUGAAAGUAGAAAACUUCAAAAAUUUAUUUUGAGUUUCCUUGAGGAUGCUUAGUCAUGUAAAAAUGCUCACUCCUGGAGAGCUGUGAUUCCAUCUCCAUUUCAGGAGCAAGAACGUAUUAGCUUCUAUCUAUGAUCGAUAUUAUACCAUGAGAGCAGCCAGAGAAUGGACAGGGUGGGUGGGGGAGGGGGGGGGGGGAGGUGGAGAGAAAGAGAAUUAAAACUGGUGCCAUAGACCAAAAUACAUGGGAGUAUUCUGUCCUUGAAAACCUUUGACUUUUUAGAGAAUGGACUCAUGAAUGGAUCUUACAGUAUCAUGUAGUAACUAACAGCCCCACACUUUUCAAAUCAGUUAACUCAGAGGAUGGAACCAGUAAUCAUAAGGCUAUUAUGACAUCAAUGACUACAGGUGUUACAAUGAAUGUUAAGAAAUGUAAUAGAAAUAUUUUUGCUUUGUAAUAGUAAUAGAAUACAUGAGAAGUCAACAGUAACUACUCAGCUCAAGGAAUGAAGAUGUGAAGAGUAUCCAGGAGCAUUGUACAAUAUGCCUUGGACCUUUAUGUGUCGAGCAAGGUUGUGAAAGAUGCUAAAUAACUAUUGUGGUUCAAUAGCCAAGUUAGAAAGUUGCAACAAAAGUGGAGAGAGUUUCAGAUGAAGCAAUAAAUAGAUACGAGUCGCAAAUGCUUUGAAAAGUAUGGAAAAUGUUGCAGAAGUGGAGGCUGUCUUUAAAAAAAGGAGAUGAAAGAAGGUAUACAACACAUGGUAAGUGCCAUAAGAACCUGUCUUACAGAACAGAAAACUGCUCGGCAUGAUAUGAAAAUCCUCAAACCAAGCUUAGAGGAAGAAGUUCUGUGGGACAAAUGGUGACAUCUGUUACCCCCAUGCACAAACAAACAGGGGAUAGCCAAUGCUUACCGAUGGGACAAGUAACAACACCUAUUAUGCAGAAACAAACUAACAACAGCCAGUGUUAACCAACAUCUGCUCAAGUGCCUGACCCAAUGCAGAUGGUGCCUAUGGAAAAUACAAAGUGUUGCCAAAAAAGACAACAUUGGAGACAUAAAAAGGGACAUCCAAUUUAUAAUGGAUUUUGUAUCGAAGGCAUUAAAUGUAGUAAUAAGAGGAAUGAAACAAAUCGAAGUAUAAACCAAAAUAUGACAACAACAGCACUUUUAAGAACUCAAAAUAACAAAUGAGACAUUCAGUACAAACAAUGAGGAGAACCAUCACUAUAACAUCCACAGAGGACAACAGCACACUUACAAAAAAGCAAAAGGAAUAUCAAUAACGUAAAAUCCAUCAUUGGGACAGGAGAAGAUGAAAAUAAUAAUUGUGGACCUGUGGAAGGAAGGGCCUGGCUUUAUCUAGGCAACCUAAAGAAAAACACCACUUCAGAGAAGGUUAGAAGUUACCUCAAGAGAAAAGGGACAAAAAAUAGUAUAAAAUGUAAAGAACUGCACACACUAGGUGACAAAAAGGUCUACAAAGUAGAGUUUCCAUUCAGAUUUCUUGAGGAUACAGAGCGAUCAGAAUUUAGGCCACAAGGAAUAGGAGUUAGGAGAUUUCGUUUUCGAACAACAUGCGGCAGAAAAGGAGCAGAAUUGCAAUAACCAUACAAAUAUUCUGUUUUGGGCUAUCGAAGGUUUAAAAAGUGUGGUAUCAUUCAUACCAACAGAGAUGCUGGCAAGGCUCGAUGCCAUCUCCUCACAGAAACCUUUUUAACAGAAGAGCAUACUAUAAAAGUGUAGUAUGAAUUUCACUCUUUUGCAUGCCAAACUGCAGGUGGACCAGCAGAAGGAGUUUCCGUAUCAAACUAUGCCUGUUAUUAGUAAAGGAAACAAUAAGAGAUGAAAACACAAUUAUAGUUAAAACAAGUCAGGUCCCAAUAAUGAGCAUAUAUACUCAACCACAGAUGAUGGUAGAAGAUGAAAUCAAAUGAAUAGCAGAUACAUUUACAGAAAUAAAGAUCUAUGCAAGAGUAAUCCUUGCAAGUGAUCUCAGCACAAGUAGACACAAACCAAAUAUUAAAACAGGACUGAUCCUGGAAAUGUUAGGAGGAGGAGAAUAUAGCCUCAUCAACAGACUAGUGUUAUUCAGAGGUGAAGGCAUAACAGCAGUUAACCAGAAAGUACUCGUGGACAUCAGUGGUAGCACCAAUAAGAAAACAUAUACCAGCACAAUGACUUCUGAAUUUAAUCAGCUAUUACCAACAACCUAACCCAAGUCAAACAGGAUAUCCAGGAAAUUAGACACAGAGAAGUUAAAAGGAAACCUAGGAAAAAGAGAAAAAGCAAAAUGUGUAAUACAGUUACACCAGGCAAUGGAAGCUGUAGAACUAUGCACAGUGACCUCUGCAAUUCUGUCAAACAGAAAUGAAAGAAAGGAAAUUGCAACCCUUGUUCGACAAUGAGUGUUUUGAUGAACAGCAGAAGAUGCUGUCAGUACUACACUGAGCCAAAACCACAACUUAACAAUAUGACCUGUCAUUAUAUACCAGCCAGAGAAGGUCAUACAAAACACAAAUAAAAAAGAAGGUGGACGACAUUGAAGAAGAGGCUAAACGAUGAGCAGAAUGCGCCCAAAGAGACCCAUUCGUAGUGAUCAAAAACCCAAGACCACCACCAAUAAAAAGAAUCUCAAUGGAUACAUGGGAAAACAAUUUUGAAGCCAUCCUAAACCUCCAACACAUGGAAACAGCUUAUGAAUACAGUACAAUGGAAACUGUAGAAAGUCACACUCCUUUAACAAGACAAGAAAUGUGCCAAGUGAUAACAAAGGCAAAAAGUAAAAAGGCUUCAGGGCCAGAGAGCAUAUAUAUAGAAUGCAUCAUGGAAUCCUCUUACAUAAUGGAAGACUACUGGUUGAAACUAUUUAACCACUGGAAAAAUACCAGAAGAAUGGAGAACAUAAAAAAUCAGAGUCCUUUUCAAAGGGAAAGGAGAAAGCUGUAGCCCAGACUCAUACAGAGGCCUAGUCCUUAUAAACAUCUGAAAUAAGCACCCUACAUGCAGUGAGGACUGCUUAGUAAAGCAAGCACAAGAUACACUAAGACAUCAAGGGAAAACAUAUUUUGUAGAAUAUAGCAAAGUAUUUGACACUGUUACCAGAAAAAAACUCUUCCGAAAACUCAAGACUGUUGAUUGGUGACAUGCACCAAAUAGUAAAAAUACUUUCAGACAUCUUAAGAUACUGUCACAUCCAACUAUCUGAUGGUAUCACCAUAUCCAAGAAUUUAACUCAAACAAAUGGAGUACUACAUGGAGACACAAUCAGUGCAACGUUAUUCAACAUCAUGACAGCUGACAUCACAAAUAUCACCAUGGACAGCUCAGCAAUACUCAUAUUUUAUGUUGGCGACAUGGUAAUAGGCUCAGAAUACAAACAAGAGCUACAAAAGGUGCAAAACAGAUCAAUAUUAUGGGCCGUGGAAAAUGACAUACAAAUAAAUCAAAACAAAACCAAACAGAUGAUUUUCAGAAGAGUAGGUAAACUCUUACCAAAAGACAUGCUGGCCCUUCAAAACAAACUACUAGAAGCAGUACCAAAAUACAAAAAUUUCAGUCAGUCUGCAAACAACAAUGACAUCAUUAAAUACCCAAGUGAAAGGAAGAGCAGGAGCAGCAAUAAAAGCAAUGUACGACAGCCUCAAAAGCUUCCAAUAGAAGCAGUGAUGACACCAUUUAAAAUGGCCAUAGCAUGAAUAGCAACUUACGGGAUCCACAUAAUCAAGGACAAACUACAACGUCAAUCACCUAGUAACACAAAUCCCAUUAUAUGAAAUGAAUCCUGGGAAUCGAGAAGACACCACUUCAAGAUUGGCUUACAUCUUAAUGAAAGGAAGGAACCUCCUCAUAGAAGACAUCACAAUGUAGUA